AUAUAGAAAAAAAAAAAAAACAAAGUAGUGGAACCUGUUAUGACAUGGAUGUCCCUUGAAAAACCUAUACUACUUGAGAGAGGUCAGCCACACGCACCGCAUGUGACAUGAUUCUGUUUAUGUGAAAGUCCAGAAUAGGGAAAUCUACAGAAGAAGAAGAAGAAUUACUGGUUUUCAAGGGCUAGGGAUUUGGGGAGGAAGAAGGGAGGGUAGGAGAGACAGGUAAAGCAGACAGGGGUUUCCUUUUUUUUUUCUUCCUCAUUUUUCAUCAUCAAAGGGAUAUAAAAUUUUAAAUAAAAUGAAAUGAAUAAAGUAAUCUGUGGAGCAGGCCUAAUCCCUUUUCCUGCAUUAAGUUGAAUGAAGUGUAACAGCCUGGGAAACUUAGGCAAGGGCCUAAAGGUCAUGAAGAACGAAAUAUUCACGACCCUGGUACCAUCUGAAGAUGAGGGGUUUCUUUUUGAGGAGAUGAAAAUUAACCAUGGUGGUGAUUACAUGUAUCUGAAUAUAUUAAUACUAAAAUCUGUUAAAAAUGUUAAAUUUCCAAAUUCAUUCCACAUUUAUAUAACCUGUUAUUGUUUUUCUUAUAUUUACCAAUGAGAAUAAAAAUUCAGUUGCCUUAGAGAUAUCGCAACUGUCACUCAGGCUAGAGGGGGCGGGGCCGCAGGAACUGUCCAAUCAGACGCACCGUGGGGAGGGGGAGGGCGUCCCUAUUGUGACGUCACUGAGCCUGUUUCAUCUGCCCCUGGCAGUAUCUACCUUGACUUCUGUUGUGCUGUGACCUGCAGUGGUCGCAGGCGCCGGAGGGAGGACACUGGGACACCCCUGAAGCCGGCAGAUGGUGCGUGCGCAGGGCGGGCGACUGCACCAUCAGGAGGACCUGAUUGGAACUGGCUGGAACCAGCUGUGAUGGGACCUAGGCUUCACAGCGGUCAGCUCCAGGGUCUGCAGUUUGGCCGUCGGCCCCCUCCAGCCCGCACGGUGGGGCUGGGCCAGCAGCCGGGACCCCAGGUGUCCUAUUUCGUCCCUACACGUGGUAACCUGAGCCUUAGCCCGGCAGCCUUGCGUCUGCCCCAGAUUGUGCUGUGACGACGGGAGAGUGAUCAAGGGAGGAUCCCCACUCGGACUCAGUGGCCUCUGAGGAUGUGGCUGUGAACUUCACUCUGGAGGAGUGGGCUUUGCUGGACCCUUCCCAGAAGAAACUCUACAGAGAUGUAAUGCGAGAAACCUUUAGAAACCUGGCCUGUAUAGGAAAAAAAUGGGAAGACCAGAACAUUGAAGAUUGGUACAAAAAUCAGGGGAGACUUCUAAGCAAUCAUAUGGUAGAGAGACUCUGUGAACGUGAUCAAUAUGGAGAAACCUUCAGCCAGAUUCUAAAUCUUAAUCUGGACAAGAAAAUUCCUAGUGUAGUAAAACCUUGGGAAUGUAGCUUGUGUGGGAAAGUCUUCAUGCAUCAUUCAUCCCUUAGUAGACACAUCAGAUCUCAUGCUGGACACAAACCAUAUGAGUACCAGGAAUAUGGAGAAAAACCAUAUAAAUGUAAGCAAUGUGGGAAAGCCUUUGGUUCUUGUCAGUCUUUUCGAAGACAUGAAAGAACUCACACCGGUGAGAAACCCUAUGAAUGUAAGGAAUGUGGAAAGGCCUUCAUCUCUCUUCCAAGUGUUCGGAGACACAUGAUUAAGCACACUGGAGAUGGACCUUAUAAAUGUCAAGAAUGUGGGAAAGCCUUUGAUCGUCCCAGUUUAUUUCAAAUACAUGAAAGAACUCACACUGGAGAGAAACCUUACGAAUGUAAGGAAUGUGGGAAAGCCUUCAUUUCUCUCCCAAGUUUUCAAAGACACAUGAUUAGGCACACUGGAGAUGGACCUUACAAAUGCCAGCAAUGUGGGAAGGCCUUCGACCGUCCCAGUUUAUUUAGAAUACAUGAAAGAACUCACACUGGAGAGAAACCCCAUGAAUGUACUCAAUGUGGGAAAGCAUUCAUUUCUCUCACAAAUUUUCAAAGUCACAUGAUUAGGCACACUGGAGAUGGACCUUAUAAAUGUAAGGUAUGUGGGAGAGCCUUCAUUUUUCCCAGUUAUGUUCGAAAACAUGAAAGAACUCAUACUGGGGAGAAACCUUAUGAAUGUAAUAAAUGUGGCAAAACCUUCAGUUCUUCCAGUAAUGUUCGAACACAUGAAAGGACUCACACUGGUGAGAAACCCUAUGAAUGUAAGGAAUGUGGAAAAGCCUUCAUUUCUCUCCCAAGUGUUCGAAGACACAUGAUCAGCCACACUGGAGAUGGACCUUAUAAAUGUACGAUAUGUGGUAGAGCCUUUGACUGUCCUAGUUCAUUUCAAAUACAUGAAAGAACACACACUGGAGAGAAACCGUAUGUGUGUAAGGAAUGUGGAAAAGCUUUCAUUUCUCUCAAAAGGAUUAGAAAGCAUAUGAUACUGCACACUGGAGAUGGACCUUAUAAGUGUACGGUAUGUGGUAAAGCCUUUGACUGUCCUAGUUCUGUUCGAACACAUGAAAGAACUCAUACUGGAGAGAAACCCUAUGUGUGUAAAGAAUGUGGGAAAGCAUUCAAUUAUGCCAGUUCCAUUCGAAUACAUGAAAGAACUCAUACUGGAGAAAAGCCCUAUGAAUGUAAAAUAUGUGGGAAAACAUUCAGUUACUCCAGUUCCUUUCAAAGACAUGAAAGAGGUCAUGGUGGAGAUAAACCUUAUGUUAGGGGUAUAGGGAAUCUUUCGUUUAUCACACAAGCAUCAAGUACACAUGAGAAUGCAUAGUGAAGGAAAACUACAGUGUAAAAAAUAUGGAAAGUCUUAGUUUACCUUCUGAGUUUUAGACUUGCUUGGGAGCUGACCCCUUCUUCCUGUCCUGUUCUCCCUUUUGGAAUGAGAACAUCUAUUCUAUGCCUGUCUCUAUUGUAUUUUGGAAGUACACAACUAGUUCAGUUUCACAGGUUUGCAGCUGAAGAAGAAUUUUGCCUCAGCAUGAAUCAGGUCUUGCCCAUAUCUGAUUUAUAUGAUACUGAGAUGAUACUUUGGAGUUUAGACUUUAGAGUUCCUGCAUUAAUUAAGACUUUUGAGGCCUUUGGGAUGGGAUGAAUGUGUUUUACAUGUGAGAAGGACAUGAAUUUUGGGGGGCCAGGGGUUGAAUGUUGGGACUGAGUGUAUAUGUAUCCCCAAAUUUAUAUGCCUCCGUUAAUGCAAUUGUAUUCAGAGGAAAUGUCUCUGGUGGUUGUUAGGAUUAGAUGAGAUCAUAAGGGUGGAGGCCUCAUAAAUGGGGCUAGUCUCCUGAUAGGAAUCCCUAGAGAGUUAAUUUUGCUCUCCACCAUGAGAGGACACAGUGAAAGAUAGCCUUCUUUUGAAUAGGAGGCAGGCCUUCACCAGACACCGAAUCUGCCAGUGCCUUUAUAUUGGACUUCCCGGCCUCUCAAACUGUGAGAAAUAAAUGUUUGUU